AUGGUUUGGAAAUGUAUUCGAAUAUUCAUAUUCUUUUUUAUAUUAUGUGCUGUGCCCAUCAAACGAAGUCUGACAUCAGCAGAAAGUAUUCACAAGCUCACCUUCUUCGGACUGGCAGAUAGAUGGGCAAUAAACGUACUCAAAGAAAGAGUGUCGGUGAGCGGUCUAGAAGAAGCCGAACCAGGAUUCGAUCUGACUGAUGCCGAGAUAAAGAAAUUCAAAUUGUGGCCGAAUGGAGUCAUUCCUUACUUCAUCGACGAUUUUUCCUACGAUAAAGUCCUCCGUGAUCGCAUUCGACACUUUCUAGAGAUGGUGGGAGGGGUGACAGGACUUCAUUUUAGAGAAUUACCGGGUCCUCCAGAGGACACAAGUGCAAGAUGGGUAUUCUUUGUCAACAGGCAAGCUCAGCUCGGUUGUUCUGAUCAUACGCCGUUGAAAUACACAAACGAAGGAGUGCAGAAAGUAGUUCUUGGCUAUAACUGCAUGAACGAAGAAGGAGAACUGUCUGAAGCAGUGUUAGCAAUAGUCGGCGUAUCACCACAGCAUAAUGCCCCUGACAGAGAUGCUUAUAUCCAAGUAGAAAUGCAAAAUAUAUUACCAGACAAACAAUACUUGUUUAAAAAGUUACAAAACAGAGAUUGGCUGUUUCAUGACUUAGAAUAUGAUUUCAAUAGCGCCGGUCAUUUUAACUUCCACAAGCAUACAAAAAAUGGUCUAGCAAGUAUUACUCCAAAGAAACCUAAUGAAAUUCCUGUCGGAGAAAACGAAGGAUUUAGUUAUACUGAUGUUUUAAAAAUACGGAUGCUUUAUAAUUACAUAUCUAGAAAGAAAUCUAAAACCAUUAAGGUUCCCGAAUGUAAAAAAUUAUUUAAACCUGGAAGAAAUUUUAGUCAAUUUCAAUCAUACCCAGAAGAAAAGGUCAAACCUAGACCUAAGCCUAAAAAGUAUACCGGUUCAGAUUACUUAAAGGAUGAAAGUGGAAAUGUGGAAGAAGGUGAAAAUGUUGUGGGUGUAGAAGAAAAAAACAAUAAGGACAUAGGAGAAGAGAAUGAGGAGCAAAUAAAGGGAGAAGCGGAGAAAAAUGUAGACGAAGAAAAUAAUAAGAACGUUGAAAAAGAAAGUAAGGAGGAUUUAAAGGAAGAAAAUAAGAUGACAAGUAGAGAUAAUUCAGAAAGAGGAGUUGAAGGAGAUAACAAAGCUCUCUCACAUAAUAUUCCGAAUUUCAAAGCCUUAAAAGGAUUUGAUCCCUUGUAUGAGCUUUCAGACUAUAAUGACGAAGAUAGGAAACGUCGAAGGGGAAGAAAAAUAAAAUUAACAAAAAACAUGAAAUAA